UUAUUAAGAUUUUUUUAAUUUAAGAAUAAAGAAACGCCGCGCAAAGACCUAAAAGGUCUCAAAAUCUGAUCUUUAAGCAAAAGCAAAACUUCACCUUCUCCUCUUUUCUCUGUUAAAUUCUCAAUCAUCAAUUCCUAUCAAGUCCUGUAGUAGCUUUAUUAACCUGCUUCACUCAGCUUUGAUCAAACCAGAAUCUUUUCUACAUUCAUCCUACCAACCAUGUGGAGGUUCAAGCCAUUUUUGCAAAAGGAGCAAGCAGGGCUCGAGGGCAGAUCCCUUGAUGUGGGCAAUCUUAAACUUCAUGUUCGCAAUGCCAUUGCUGAGGGUGGUUUCUCUUGUGUUUACUUAGCUAAGGAUGCUAUACAUGCUUCAAAGCAUUAUGCCUUGAAGCACAUCAUAUGCAAUGAUCAAGAGUCAUUGGAUUUGGCCGUCAGGGAGAUCUCUAUCAUGAAAUCACUUCAAGGACAUCCAAACGUCGUCACACUUUAUGCACAUACUAUCUUCGAUCUGGGAAGGACCAAGGAAGCCCUCCUUGUCAUGGAAUUUUGUGACAAAUCUCUUGUUAAUGUAUUAGAGACAAGAGGAGCUGCCUAUUUUGAGGAGAAACAGGUUCUUACAAUUUUUAGGGAUGUGUGCAAUGCAGUCUUUGCAAUGCAUUCUCACUCCCCGCCAAUUGCUCACAGAGACUUGAAACCGGAGAACCUUUUGUUGGGUUCCGAUGGAUUUUGGAAGUUAUGUGAUUUUGGGAGCACAUCUACCAAUCACAAGCGUUUUGAGAAGCCUGAAGAGAUGGGUAUAGAAGAAGACAAUAUCAGGAAGCACACCACACCAGCCUAUAGAGCACCUGAGAUGUGGGAUCUUUUCCGGAGGGAACUUAUAAACGAAAAGGUAGACAUAUGGGCCCUCGGGUGUCUUCUCUUUCGAAUUUGCUACUUCAAGAAUGCAUUUGAUGGUGAAUCAAAGUUACAGAUCUUAAAUGGGAACUAUCGGAUUCCGGACUUACCUAAAUACAGCUCUUCAGUCACAGACCUAAUCAAAGACUUGCUUCAAGCUUCACCUGUUGAGAGACCUGAUAUCACGCAGGUCUGGUUUCGUGUUAAUGAGCAGUUGCCUGCCACUGUACAGAAGUCCUUCCCUGAUCGGCCACCUGAAAUGCCAUCUUUUGAAGAAGGUCUUCCAAGGUCUGCAAAUAGGUCACCUCAGAUGCCUCAUAGAAGUUCUCCGUCCCCACCACCUGGUGGACCAGCUAGGAAUUCACCACAGCCUGGCUCAAGGGCAAGUGGUGGACAGCUUGGUGCUUUCUGGUCCACUCAGCAUGCAAAGGACUCAAGUGUUACUGAAGAGAAGAGCAGGCCCAAAUUUGAUGAAGAUCCAACCAGCUAUAGCUCAAUAAAAAAUGACAGGAGUCAUCUUGAAAACAACCCUUUACCCAAAAACAGCAGCCCUGUAAGAGGGGAAAACGAACAAACUCAUUCUACUCGAAGAAGUGCGCGUGAUAAAUCACGCAAACCUGAAGAUGGCCCUGCUAAAGAUUUUGAAAUAAAUUUUUUUGAGGAUGAAGAUACGACCACUACUUUUCAAGAUGAGGCAUUUAAUACAUUUGUUGCUGAAUUUGAUACCAAUAAGAUCAGUUCUGGAAUUAGCAAUAAAAAUACUGGAAAAGAAGAAGCUUUAGAGGCUGAAAUAGGGAGGCUGAAAGAACGGCUAAAGCAAUCCAACUUGGAGAGGGCUGAGAUGACUUCCAAAUUUGAAAAGUUAUCUGCAAUUUGUCGAUCCCAGAGGCAGGAAAUACAGGAGCUCAAGCAAGCUCUUGCUGGUAGAACUCCAUCUCCAAAUAAAAGUACUUCAAGAAAUCAGAACUUAUCUGGAAGUCAACAUGCUGGAAGUCUGCAGAGGGAUAAGAUUGAAGGAACAUUGUGGGAAUUCUCGCAAGAAAAAUCUGCUGACUGGACUACUGCUAGCACGGAAGCAAAGCCAUGGCAAGCGUUUUCUGAGGAUGCCAAACUGCAGCAGCAGCCUCUUUCAAAGGAUAAUAUCCAGUCAGUUAGAACCAGAAAUGGUCAGUCAAACAAGCAUGCUGCUCAAGCUUCUUCUGGUUUGGACACAUGGGGUUUUGGUACAGAUAGCUUUACAGCUGCUCCUGCUGCCAGCCCCCAGAGAUUGAAACCACCUGUAAGUGAAGGAAGUAGUUCUCAGCGCUUCGGUGAGUCAACAAUCAAGGAGAAUCAUCCAACUUCUCAACCUGGUGGGUGGGCUGGUUUCUGAUAUAGUCAAUAUGAGAACUAUGAUUUAUGAGGAAUUGUCUGUCCGCAUAAUGACAUUUUUAUAUGCUUCUUGUUGGGAAAGAUGAGGAAACAAAGAGUUUGAAUAAUGUGACUUGCCAGGUUUGUUUGCUACUAUCUAUUGUCUGUCAAAUAGAACAUUUGCACAUUUUCUGUGGGCUAAGCAGCAAAUACAAAAUGUAUACUGUUCUCCAUGACUUGAUGUUGUUCACAGAUAAUAACUUUUUUGUUGAAAGUGGUAG